CAUGGGUCUACUGCUAGUAACUACACCGCGUCUAGGAACGUACCUGAUAUCUAUCAGCACAUCACCCUGAAGACGAAACGACGACCUAGGGAUGAACCGGUCCAAAAAGGUUGCCAUCAUUGGUUAGUCAAUAGAAGAGGAACAGCAAUAACAACAACAACAACAAGAAGAAGAAGAAGAUAUUUAUACCUGACUAGGCGCCGGUCCGGCCGGACUCGUCACUGCCAAAACCCUCCUGCACGAUUUCCCCAAGGGUACAUUCUCCGCGACCGUCUUCGAACAGCGAGAUGUGAUCGGUGGGCUGUGGCCGGUGGACGCCAGCGAAAGCGACAGCACGAGAAGUCAUGAUCCCCCCGCGACUGUCGACCCCGCCAUGCGGACGAACCUGAGCCGGUUCACCGUCGCGUUUUCGGAUCUAGCGUGGGAAUCUGUCCUGGGAGAGGAUACGCUGGUGCCCCUGUUCCCUCGCGCGCGGCAGGUUGGGAGGUACCUUGAAACAUACGCCGAGCGGUACGUCCCUGCGGAGAGUAUACGGUUGGGACACCGGGUGGUGAAUACGGUUCGUGAUGAUCAAGGGAGUAUACGAUGGACUGUAACAUUUGUUCAUGAUGGUGAGGAGACCUCCGAGCAAUUUGACCAUCUCAUCGUAUCGGCCGGCUUCUUCUCCCGGCCGCAUAUACCUGAUAUCCCCGGCCUGGACGGCUUGACAGAUAGGAUAGUCCACAGCAGCGCAUUGCACAGUGUCAACUCGUUGUUCCCUCCCGGCGGGACUCGUGGAAAACUCGUCGUUAUAGGGGGCAGUAUGUCCGGCGUGGAGGUCGCCUCUACGCUGGCUCUGCAUCUCUCGUCCGUCAGACUUGCGCCGGGAUCGUCAGAGAAGAAUGUCUGGGAAGACUGUGAGAUCCACCAUGUCUGCUCGAAACCGUUCUGGUCCAUCCCGACGUAUGUCCCGCAUCGGUCCAGUCCGAGUGAUCCGGAUACUGUCUCCUUCCAACCGCUCGAUCUCGCCAUGUAUGACCUUGCCCGACGGCCUGGAUCGAUAAAGUACUCUGUCGGGACUGUCUCGACACAGCAGGCUGUUGUCGUCAACACGUAUUUCGAGGACCUCCUCGGCCCUGACCAACUCAUAGGUAAAGAACAGAGGCAAGAGCAAGACAUAGCCCUGCCAUGGGUGACGGUCUCAAAUGACUACUCCGAGUUCACCCGCGCAGGGACCAUAUCCGUGACCCUCGGUCGAGUCACAGCAGUGCAGAGCACUUCGCCAGAACAACCUGCGCGCCUCCUCAUCCAACAAACCAACCAAAGCCAGCAACACACCGUGCUUGACGAUGUCGCCGCAAUAGUACUUGCAACAGGAUACACGCCCGCGGCCUCGUUGUCCGUCCUACCGCCCGACGUCCUCCACACGCUCGAGUACCAGGCCUCCAACACCUUCUGCCCCAUCAUCCUCGACCGUGGGGGUGUGUUCCGCACCGAAAUCCCAGAUCUAGGCUUUAUAGGCUUCUACCGCGGGCCAUACUGGGGUGCAAUGGAGAUGCAGGCGCGGACAAUCGCACGCGCGUGGGUGGGACACGAGGACAGUACUACCAGUGAUAAUAUUGUUCUUGACUAUUCUCAGGAAGAGGAAGGGCACGAACGCAAUACCCUCCGCCAUUUGCGCAAUCAUGCCCGUCGCUCCCAGUUCCCCAUGGGCGAUUAUGUAGGGUUCAUGGAAUCCUUUGCCGAUAGACUUGGCAUGCACCGCGAGGAGAUCUCGUCAGACGGGAGCGGACCUGUCAUCCCGGCACGAUACUAUGACGUUCACCGAGAUGAAAGAGAAAGAGAGAGAGAAACGACCAUGUCUUCUCUGCGGAGCACGUUAUUCCCUGAUUCUAACCAUACCAUCGCUGUUGCGACGGCUAUUUUCAGAGCCCUGCAUGGUAAAUGGAUGGGAUAUUCCCAUCAAGAUGGAAGCCAUGGAAGAGUAGUAACGUUCUAUCCGCGGUAUCCUACUUCGCCAUAUUACGAGAAGGAAUACUUGUGCGAAGAAUGCGGGAAACAACCUGAUAACCCUAUUGCUACUUCUUCCUCUUCUAUUUCUACAGUCUGGCGACUUGCAGACGGAUCUCGACGAGACCCCCUGAUUGGUGUGUGGGGUGUCGGGAAGAAUAGAGCGGCAGAUACGUUCCUGUACGGGGUAAGAAUCAUGGAUAUCCAGGUGUCAGGCUCGGAGGGGUGUCUCCUUAUUCGUGCGCGUUCGGAUAGCCAUGUCUACGGCUCUUAUACGUUUACCCUCCGGGGGGUCUCGAUAGUUGCCUGGGAGGUUACCACGAGUGAAUACUCGAGGAAAUUUACAAGAACAAGAAAAUAAGAGGAUUCAUUUAUGGAGGGG